AUGCAGCGCUCGCUGGCGUCAGUCACACGGAUACUCGAGCCCGCCGCUGCGUCGUCCUCGCGCCGCGUGCUCCCCCGCGCGCUUGCCGCGCGGGCGCGUUUCUCGCCCGCCGCGUCGUCCUCGUCGUCUUCGUCCGGCAUCUCCCGGCCCCUGACGUCGACACCACGCCGCGCACACUCGACUGCUGCUGCUCCCCCACUGGAGCCGAUCCCACCCAUCUCCGCCGAGGACACGUAUGACAUUGUCAUUAUCGGCGGUGGGCCGGCCGGCCUCGCGCUCGCGUCGGCACUUGUCUCGUACAAGACCCUCCGGGAUACGACGCGCAUCCUGCUCCUCGAGGGCGGCUCCCUCGGCCCAGUGCGCAACUGGGACGACGCGGGCGAGUGGUCGAACCGCGUGUCGUCGCUCACGGCCGAGAACAUCGAGUGGCUCGACAGCAUUGACGCGUGGAAGAACAUCGCACUGCACAGGAGCAACGCCGUCGACGACAUCAUCGUCUGGGCCAACCCCGACGCCGGGAGCCACCCGAUGCUCCACUUCCCGCCGCAGGACAAGCCGCUCGCCCGCAUGACCGAGAACAUCAACACGCAGCGCGCGCUUCUCCGCCGGCUCGACGAGGUGCCCGGCGUGGUGAGCGUGCGCGAGGGCGCGCGCGUCACGGAGAUGCGGUAUGGUGAAGGCCGAGGCUGGGUCGGCCUCAAGGUCGGGGACGACUGGGUCCGCGCGAGCUUGGUGAUCGGCGCAGACGGGCCAAACUCGCCAGUGCGCAAGUUUGCCAACAUCGAGACCUUUGGGCACGCAUACGACACGCACGCCGUCGUCGCGACGCUCGAGCACGCCCCGCAGCUCGUGUUCCCCAACCACACGGCGUUCCAGCGUUUCCUGCCGACCGGCCCGCUCGCGUUCCUCCCGCUGUCAGACACGGCGAGCACGAUGGUGUGGUCGACGACGCCGGCGCUCGCGGCCGCGCUCAAGCGCCUCGAGAUCCCGGCCCUCGUGACGGCCGUCAACGCCGGCUUUUCCCUCUCCGAGCCCGACCUCGCGCUCAUGCACGACGCGCUGCUCCAGGCCGACGCGGCCAAGGCGCCGCUCUCGGCCGAGGCGCUCGCCGGCGUGCUGGCCACCCUCGAGCCCACGGCGCACACGGACGCGCCGCUCCCCCCGACCGUGACCAACAUCCCGAAGGCGUCGGUCGCCGGCUUCCCCCUCCGCCUGUCCCACGCAGACCAGUACACUGCGCACCGGCUCGCGCUCGUCGGCGACGCCUGCCACACGACCCACCCGCUGGCCGGGCAGGGCCUCAACGCCGGUUUGGCCGACGCCCGUGUGCUCGCCGCCACGCUCAACACUGCUCGCCAGGUCGGAUCGGAUCUCGGCUCCAUCACCGCCCUCGCACCGUACCCCCGCGAGCGGUACCUCCCCAAUCACCUCAUGCUCGCGACCGUCGACAAGCUCAACAGCGUGUUCGGCUCGCGCAACCCCCUCGUCAACUGGGCCCGGUCUACCGGCCUCGAGGUCAUCAACGAGCUCGGCCCCCUCAAGAGCUUCUUCAUGGCUAAUGCGGGCUCGGGCAUCUCGGGCCAGCCCCGUGUCGGCCAGCUGCGCGAGUUUGGCCGCGCAAACGCCAGCGACAACCUCGCUGGCCGCCCUGCUGGCUUUACCGCCGCUGCUGCCGACGCGUUUGAGGGCUUCCAGGUCGUCAAGAACGUCGCAACUGCCACGGCCAACGUUCUUGGCGAGGGCCUCAAGAAUGCCCUCCGUCGCGGAGCCGACUCGCUGGAGAGGAAGUAG